AUGAUUGAAAACUAUGCUGGUAGAAAUAUUACCAAGAUACUGGACGAUUUUUUUGGUAAAGGCAACUAUGAUAAACGUGUCAGGCCAAAUUAUGGAGGUGCACCAGUGGAAGUGGGUGUGACCAUGCACAUUAUCGGAAUUAGUUCCGUAUCCGAGGUCCAAAUGGACUUUACGUCAGAUUUUUAUUUUCGCCAAAAAUGGAAAGACAAUCGCCUAUCGUUUGAACCGACGUCCGGCGUUACCGAACUGGUCGUCGGUUCGGAAGUGGCCAAAAAUAUAUGGGUGCCCGACACAUUUUUUGCCAAUGAAAAAUUGGCCACUUUUCACGAUGCCACCACACCCAAUACGUUUUUAAGGAUAGACCAUACGGGACACGUCUAUAGGAGUAUCAGGUUAACAGUAACGGCUUCGUGUCCAAUGGAUUUGCAAUAUUUUCCAAUGGAUCGCCAACUAUGCACACUUGAAAUUGAAAGCUAUGGCUAUUCAAUGGCUGACAUUAUCUAUGUGUGGGGCAACGGUCCCGGCUCUGUUGGCAAAGCACCGGGUCUUGAACUGCCUCAAUUCAAAGUGGUCGGACACAAACAAUCAACAAAAAUUGAAAAUCUAAGCACUGGCAACUAUUCGCGUCUAGUAUGCGAAAUACAUUUUGUACGAUCAAUGGGCUACUAUCUGAUCCAGAUAUACAUACCGGCCAGUCUAAUAGUAAUCAUAUCAUGGGUAUCGUUUUAUUUGCAUCGUAACGCUACACCGGCUCGGGUAGCACUGGGUGUGACCACUGUACUGACAAUGACAACACUGAUGUCCUCAACCAAUGCUGCUCUGCCAAAGAUAUCCUAUAUUAAGUCCAUUGACGUAUUUUUGGGCACCUGUUUCGUAAUGGUAUUCGCAUCGUUGCUGGAGUAUGCGGCCGUCGGCUACCUGGGCAAACGGAUAGCCAUGCGCAAAACACGUACCCAACAGUUGGCCAAACUGGCCCAGGAACAUCGUAAUCGGUGUGCAGCGGCGGCGGCCGCAGCGGCUGCAGCCGAAUCGGGUGCCGUAGUGUUUAGCGGUAUUGGCCAAACGGUAGUACCGGCCUGCCAGCAGCAGCAUCAUCAGCCCCAGCCCGACCAGUCGCCCAGUCUGGGCGGCUGUAUUGGCGGCCAUACGGGGCCCGUCCUGUGUCCGGCAUCCAUGGACUCGACACUACCCAGGCCUCUAAGUGUCAAGACUAUGCCGCUCCAUCAUACCAUUGACCGCAAUGAGCGCAUGGAACGGUACCAGGGUAUGGGUACGCCACGUAUUGUGCACCACCCAUCCAUACAAGCUUGUCCUCCAACAUGUGCUCAGGAUGUACGGCUCAAGAUGUCUGACGCCAAAUCGUAUGCCAAAACAUAUACAACAGUAGAAAAUCCAUUGAACAACGGCGGCAGUAGUGCUCAAUUGACGUCCUCGGCAGCAGCAGUGGCCAGUGCUGGCCAACAACAACUACUACAACCACCACCCACACCAACACCAGGUGCUGGCGGCGGUGGACAGGAACCCGAUACGCCAUCGACGCCGGCCAGUGCACCGUUUGGCUGCAAAAAUCCCAACAAACUGUUUGGUGUAUCGCCCAGUGAUAUUGAUAAAUACUCGCGUGUAGUGUUUCCAGUUUGUUUUAUUUGCUUCAAUUUUAUGUAUUGGAUCAUCUAUUUGCAUAUAUCGCACAAUGUUGAACCAGAUCUCAUGAGCCAUUGAUUUAGGGCUGAGCCCCUACCGACACUACCUGCACACAACAACCAUCACCACCACCACCACUACUACUACUACUACUACAAGCUGCUGGCUAUCCUAUUGUGUCAUCAUUUAGGAUGCAUGUAUGUGUGUGUGUGUGUGUCUGUGCAUUAAUUGUAGACAACUUUAUUUAACUAAAUAA